CGAUAGCGCUCUUCGCUCCUUCGCCCCACGGCAGAAGACAGCCUCAACUGCCUCACACGAAACCAGCACCAAUCGUGCCACUCUUCACGAUGCCAGUGAUCAAGCGUUUGCGCGGGUACUGCGACAUCCUAGACUUGAGGCCCAUACACUUUCAAGAGACACUUCCCGACCACAUAUGCUGUAGCGUAUGCGACGUGAUUCCCGGGCUUUUGCUGGGACUUCCGUGUGGACACAAAUACUGCGGGGCGUGCUACGACCAGAUCGCAACCCAGAGGCCUGCUCGCUGCCCGCUUGACCAGGUAGGCUACGGCUGCAACUGCGUCGGCUGCGACAGCGACCGUCACUACGGCUGCCAAUGCGGCUGCGUCUCCAGGAUCUUCGUGUUAAAACCUGCCCUAGAAAAUAAGAAAGUGCGGUGCAUCAACGCCAACGAGGGAUGCCCGUUCGUCGGCAGCCUUAAUACCUUGAAGGAACACUUCCAGGUAAGCUGUCAGUUCCACGUGGUGACCUGCGGGAGGUGCGCUCAACACGUGCCGCGGAAGAGACUCAUUGAGCAUCUUUCAGAUGAUUGCAGGAGCGGGCGAACGUUAAGCGAACUUAAGAAGACGAAAUAUGAAGUCGGGAGGGUGAUCGAUAAACUCAGCGCGGCAAAGUGCGCCGCAGAGGACAACAUCAACUCGGUACUCGCCUGUACCCAAGCUUACGCCAAAGUAACCAACGACUUGCAAACGCUCCUCGAAGACUGCUUACCUCGGCUUCACCAAGCGGAGAAGCAAAUCUUGCAAAGAAUCGGCAGCGUCGCGGUCUUUGAACCCAGUUUGGAAGGCCAGCGGAGAAGUUCUUGUCUCUUGCGGAACUUCAGUGCCAAGUUGCGAAGCGCCGCGUCCUACACGAGCGACUCCUUUAACGUGGCGGGAUACCCGAUCCAGGUGGGCCAGACGUUCGUCGGAGGUUUUGCGGAUCAGUUGUACGUCUAUUUAUCGCUGCUCACCUCGGUGAGGAGGACCACGGAAAACUCUUCGCAAUGGCCGAUCCGGAAGACCUUCUUUUUGAUCCUGGUACACCCAGAAGACUCCGGCAAGAACAUCAAGCACGCCAUCAUGCCGUCAGAGGUGGAGCACGUCGACGUCUAUUUCACCAGGAUCCGAGACAACACAAAUAAGAAGAAGAUACAGAGACCUCUCGACAAGUGGUUUAAGACCAGUAAACUGCAGUCGGACGGCUUCGUCGUGGAUGACGCAUUGCGAGUGACCGUUGAAGUAGAGGGUUGACACCGUAUAAGUGGCAGUCCACACCGUCGCGUGAACAAAGAAGUAUAGUCACUGAGAGGAUAACAACGGCAGGGCGCCUCCUUGCAACGCUCGGCCUUCAGCACGCCUUCGUUGCCUUCCUACACGCUUUGGCUGCGUGUGCACACUCGAGGCUCAGGAUACACCGAAGCAUAAUCGAAAGUAGGAAGCUCGCGCUGGAAGCGGUACAACUGAAGCUUCUCACUGCCGUUUUCACCUUGUCAGUGACUAUACAGCACACGACAGGAAACUGUGAAGUUUAUCGCAUCUUGGACAACAACUGAUUUCGAUGUUAGGAUUUUCUUAAGAGUUAUUCGCAUGUUGGUUGUCUAUACGGUGUCUACAGUUUUACGUGAAGAACAUGUUAUUUUAUUCUAAUUAAUCGUUUGGUGCAUUACAGUAACAUGAAAGUACAAUAGAUAAAAUAAAUGAGUGUCAACACGCCGUGUGCCGUACUCUCCGAUAAAAA